AUGCAGCUCAACCUCCCCGUUUCUCUGCUGUUCGCCAUCUCGUCUCUAUGUGGCUCCUCCUCUGCCCUGCCCUUUCUCAACUCGAGAGAAGCGCCUGUCGAGAGCCUGGCUGCUCGUACCACCUACUCAGUCAUCCCUAUUGAUGGCAGUGGCGGGCACGGAGGCAACUCGGACUCAACCCAGACCGUCGUCGAGACAGUUGUCACAACCUCAACACCCAAGACCACGACGGUCGUCACAACUCCAACACCCAAGACCACGACAGUCGUCGAUUCACCUCCCCCGGUCACUGACACAGUAGUUGUUACUGCCGCGCCUACGACGGUUUCCACUACGAUCUCGGUCAUUGACAUUCAGCCAACGACUGAUGUUAUCACUACAACCGUCACGGACGAGGACGACGCUCCAUCCCCGACAUCAACUUCCUCCUCCAUCACCACCAGCUCAGCCAACACCAGCUCAACCGCCACCAGCUCACUCAGUAGCUGCGACAUCCACAUCCUCAAUUCCCACGUCGACGACCACCACGAAGUCGAUGGCUACAACGACGACUUCGGAGAUCCCCACUUCCACCAUCACGCCGACAAUCCCGACAACAUCCACGAUAUCGUAUACCGCAACCUCCAGCUCCUCAACUUCAACCACUACAACGUCUUCGGGUGUCUCGAGCACCACGACCUCCGAACAAGCGUCUACACCAUCAUCCUCUUCUUCGGCGAGCGCUACUUUCACAACCAGCACGAUAACAUCGCUUCCGAUACCUACAGAAACAUCGACUUCGUACGACGAUGGUUUCUGGCAUACUACCUACCCAGCUUGGACUGGUACUAUGGCUGA